AUGGGGGAAAUGGCGGGCAAGGCGGAGCGGGGCCCGUCGUCUCCCUCGGCGGCAGGACCGGCCGCAGGACCGGUCGCCGCCGACUCCGACUCCGCCGCGGUUCUGUCAGGAGAAGACCCCCGGGUGCGCUGUUCCUCCAAGCGGGCCGUGAGCGACGUGCUGGACCUGUGCGGCCCCUUCGUGGACGAGCUGAUGGCCCAGCUGGUGUCCGGCCUGCCGGACGAGGUCCGACAGCCGCUGCUCAGGGACGCGCACUGGAAUUUUAUAACCGCUGUGAAAGAGAACGUCCUUAUCAAUGGGCAAGCAUGGCAAGAAGCUUCAGAUGAAGAACUUCCUGUAGAUUUCAACAUUAAAAUUCUUGAAGAUCAAUUGGAUGAAGUUAUAGUAGAAACAGCUAUGAAGCGUAAGCAAUGCCCCAGGAAGAUUCUUGAACAAGUCAUCAAAACUACAAAAGCACAACAGGAAAUUAUGAAUCAGUAUCAGCCUGUUGUGCAUCCACAGACCAUAAAGCCUAUCUCUUCCCAAGCUCAUCUGGAAGAGUUGAAGCGUGUAGGAGAAAUAUCCAAGCAAGUUAAUGAGGCAAUGAAGGCCUUGCCAGCACUGAUUGAACGAGCUGAUGGAUUUUCCCAAGUUUUAACUCUGCAGCCGGUGUUAGAACUGCAGAGGCUCCACAAAGAAAUAUUUUCUGGCUUUAACAUCAAGGAACCUGCAAAAGCUGAUUUUCUAACGCAAAUAGAAACCACCCCAACGGAGACUGCCUCUAGGGAAACCACCGACGUAGGACUGAAAAGAAGGAGACUUGUAACUUCUCCACAGAGAAAACGAUAUGCAGUGCAACGCAAGAAAAUUAAUCUUAAUACAUAAAUAUAUGAGUUUCAUUUGCCUAUCAGAAAUUGAAAAUGGAAUCUUUCACUAUCCAGCUUGAAGCCACCUUCGUAGACAGGACUUCAGUUUUAAAAGCAAAUAACUUAUUCCUUUCACGGUAACUCAUUUCAAUAAAUAUAACAGCCAUAUUAUAGCUACGAUACAUUGUCUGUGGCCAGUUAUUGCCACUUUGCCACUUACCCUACAGUGGUAGAGACUAUAUUUGCUGGGCAUUGGCAUGGUGCCCAUUGGUGGGCAAGUAGUAUUAGUGCAAACCUGUAGUGCUUUCACUGUCCUCUGACCUUUAUAGCGUCUCAUCAGAAGGAUCUGCUUCAGAAGGUUGUGUGACGUCUUUCUGUCAAAUGGCUCAGCACCCUCAGACCUCAUCAGGUUCUACACAGCAGGUGUAGUUUUGAUAUAACAAAGUAAUAUGCAGAUGGCAAAACUGACUCUUUGGUUUGAAUCAGUAGUAACAGUUUGGGUUUGACUUAAUCUUAGAAUUCAAGUUUUUAUGGAAGCAGUACGUCGUAACAUUUCAGUAAGAUAAGACUAAGACCACUAGUGUUUUCUCAGUAAAUGAAAAUAGAAUUUGAAUCCAUUGUUUCCUGUGCUUCAACUGCAUUUUCAUAUCAUCACAAUUUUAUUUUUAGCUUUCAAGCUUUUAGCUGAAGAGAUAAACCCGACUAUCUGUGUUUCUGUAUGUGUAUUUCCAGUUCUGCUAUUUAUUGAAAGUAUAAUACUUUUUUUGAUAACUAAUUCACGAUGGAGUCAAUGAAUAUUUCACUGAACUAGCUGACAUUUGAGGAUAGGUUUCUAGGAAAAAAAAUCAUUGAUAGAAAACUUUAGAGAAAACGAGCAAUUGAUUGGUGGUGUGUUUUGAAGGUCAGAGUCUUUAAGCAGUUCUCUAUUUCAGCUCUUAAUUGCAGUAGUCUUACAAUAGAGUAGAAUUUACUAAGUGCUGAACAGUGACUAUUGGCUCUCUCCAUCUUCAGAGGAUGUUUAGUGAUCAUGUAUAAAGGAAAAGAAAAGAGUAAUGCCGUCUCUGAGAGAACAAGAGUAUGUAAUUAAAAUAUGAUCUCACGCUCACUGCGUCACCAGCCAUAAAUUUCAGUGUUGUACAGAUUGUUUUUCUUUGUGACUGAAUUUCUAGUGAUUAUUUUAAUGCUUCGUAAUUUUUUUUAAAUAUUGCGCUUGAUCUCUAUAUUUGUAAAUAGAAGAAACUUUUUUAAUAUUAAACAAUAUUGCACAAUGA